AGCGGAAGUCGCCGAGCAGCCAAUGAAAGUGGCUCCAUGUCACAGGCGUGUAGCCCCGCUUACCAAGCUGCAGAAGUUUCGUGCCAGUCGAGGUGAGACUGACGACGGCAAAAUGCCGGGCGUGGAUAAGGAGUCGGAGCUCUCCGAGCGGAUCGAAGCCUUCCUCGCAGAACUGAAGCGGGGACGAAGUGCCACGGGUGUGUCUCGGGGUUCUGGUGAAACUGCCCGAGAGACAGCCGCCUUACUCCGAAAAAUAACUGCCCAGGCUCGAUGGAGUAAUGCGGGUGAGCUGAUGGAGAUCAUUCGUAAGGAAGGUCGACGAAUGACAGCUGCACAGCCAUCAGAAACCACAGUUGGGAAUAUGGUCCGCAGAGUGCUGAAGAUCAUUCGAGAGGAGUAUGCCAGAUCCCGAGGCAGCAGUGAAGAAGCAGACCAGCAGGAGUCUUUGCACAAAUUACUGACGUCUGGAGGUCUAAUUGAUGACAACUUCAGAGAACACUUCGCUCCUCUCAAAUCGAAUGUGAUUGAGGCCAUCAAUGAGCUGCUGACAGAACUCGAGGGGACUGCAGAUAACAUUGCAAUGCAAGCACUGGAGCACAUUCACUCAAAUGAGGUUAUCAUGACAAUUGGGCGUUCCAGGACGGUAGAAGCAUUUCUAAAUGACGCGGCCCGCAAGAGGAAGUUCCAUGUUAUAGUCGCUGAGUGCGCCCCGUUCUGCCAGGGUCAUGAAAUGGCAGUCAGUUUAUCCAGAUCUGGAAUUGAAACUACAGUCAUCACAGAUGCAGCAAUAUUUGCAGUAAUGUCUCGAGUAAACAAGGUAAUUAUUGGCACUCAGACGGUCCUUGCAAAUGGAGGUUUAAGAGCCGUCAAUGGGACACACACACUUGCUCUUGCAGCUAAGCAUCACUCCACACCACUGAUAGUUUGUGCUCCAAUGUUCAAACUGUCCCCACAGUUCCCAAAUGAGGAAGACACGUUCCACAAAUUUGUUUCUCCACAGGAGGUGUUACCAUUCACAGAAGGUGAAAUUUUGUCAAAGGUAAACGUGCAUAGUCCUGUAUUUGAUUACGUUCCACCAGAACUCAUCACGUUGUUCAUCUCCAACAUUGGUGGUAAUGCACCAUCAUACAUUUACAGGUUGAUGAGUGAACUUUACCAUCCAGAGGACCAUGAACUUUAAAGUUGCCUGUGUAAAUUAUAAAUAAAUAUUUACAUUACUGAAAGACAA